CGAGUCAAUUCUCUGAAUUGUUUUUUGUACGCUAAUUUUCAUUAAUUAAAAUGAUAUUACGUACCAUUAUAAAAAUUACAAUUAAAUAAUCACUCAUAACAACAAGUGCAGCCAUAAUUCAAUGGCGUACAUCGUUUGUAAAAUGACCAAAAUCAACGUGUGUAGAAUAUGCCUGGUUCAGGAAUUUCAGGAAGCUUGCUUAUUACCGAAGGCAAACAAGCAGUUGGAAAUCAUUUACGAAAAGUUUACAAAUAAACCGUUCAAAACAGAAGAUGGAAGGCCGUCGAGUGUUUGUCGCAUCUGUUGCCACCUGCUCCUCAAGUGUCAGAGGUUCGUUGAGAGUGCGGUUAAAGCCGAUGAAAAGCUUCAACAGCUAUGGAGUAGCGGAGUUGAGAUCACAGAACAAUCUUUAUCUACGAUCGACAGGAAGUUCGUAUUCGCUUCGUUCACUCGGUCACCUGUUUCUACUACGAACGUUACGGCAGAAAACACAGUUGAAAUCCAGGUUGAAGUCAAACGUGAAGGAGAAAAGCUUUCGGGGGAUGUUAUUGAGGAGGAUCCAACAGAUACCCAGACCAGUACCAGACAAUCGGAUUGGGUGAAGCUGAAAACUGAAAAACCACCUUCAGGUGAUCCGCUACAACUGGCAGAUGUGCAUGAAGAAAACGUGUUUGAUAUCAAAAUCGAAAACUACGUGGAUGAGUCUGAUGUCAGUGAGAAUAGCAACUUUGUGAAGUGUGGACCUCAGAACGAAGAGGAGAGAGCGACUAUGUCUGCGAGUCCGGUGCGCUUACGUCACGAGUGCGCGGCGUGCUGCCGGGGAUUUGAGAGCGCGAGCGAGCUGUACCAACACAACCGGGACCACGACGAGCAGAGUAGCGCUGAGUUUGAGUGCGCCGCGUGUCACAUCCGGUGCCGAACCGCCGCGGAUCUGAAGCGGCAUGAAGACGUCGACCACCAACGGUACCCUGGAGACAGCCUCUAUGGUAUUCCUGCAAUAAAACGUAUUCAAGACCUACAAAUUCCAAUUCCUGGGCCACUGCUGGAAUUUGCGUCGUCAACAGAAAAGAUAAAAGCACCGAAUGAGACUAUUACAAAAGGAAUGACAGCAAUAGAGAAGCCUAUUGAUAUUGCUAAACUGCAAGCCGGUAGAAAUAUCGAAAUGUUCACUGAAAAUGUUAUUGCACUAUACAAUAAGAGAAUUGAUAAUAUCAAAGAUAAUCCUGAUUCAUCAAAACAAUCAACUUUCAUAUUUCCUUGUCAAUAUUGCGAGGAAACUUUCACAGAUAAAAUGGUUUUAAAAGAUCAUACAAAAACACAACAUGCCCACCUAAAGUUCAAAUGCAGUUAUUGUGAUAAAACAUUCGCAAAAAAAUAUGUUUUAACCAUACACGAAAGAGUACAUACGGGCGAAAAACCGUUCUCGUGCGACUAUUGUUUAAAAAAAUAUUCACGGAUAGACGAUUUGAAAAGUCAUAUCAAAGUACAUACAGGCGAAAAACCGUUCUCGUGUGAAUACUGUAAAAAAUCUUACACGCGAAUGUAUUACUUAAAAAAUCAUAUGAAAAUUCACACAGGUGAGAAUGUGUUCUCUUGUGGUUACUGUCAGAAGACUUUCUUUCAAAAGGACGUGUUUAGAAGCCAUUUGAGAAUACACACUGGUCAAGACAAAAUAGAGUGUGGUAGUUGUGGGAAAACAUUCUCACAUAAAAACUAUUUGAAAAUACAUUCCAGAGUGCACACUGGUGAAAAACCGUACUCGUGUGAAAUUUGUGGUAAAUCUUUUGCACAGAAAGUGGUUUUAACUCGACAUAUGCUCCUACACAUGAAUAACGAGACAUUCUCUUGUGAAUUUUGUAAGAAAAGUUUUACUCAAAAAUACUAUUUAAAAAGACAUAUGAAAGUACACAGCGCUGAAAAACCAUACGUUUGCAAUCACUGUGGAAAGCGUUUUAAUUUCAAAAUCAACUUGGUGUACCAUGAGAGGGUGCAUACGGGCGAGAAACCGUGCUCCUGCGAAUUUUGUGGGAAAUCGUUUGCCAGAAGAAGUCAUUUGAAAAAUCAUCUCAAAACGCACACAGGUGAAAAACCGUUUUCGUGUGAGCACUGUGGAAAGGAUUUUGCAAUUAAAGGCAAUUUAAUAAGUCAUAUACGAACACACACUGGGAAAUAGCUCUUUUUGAAGAGUUCACUAUAAAUACGGCAAAUGGGUAGGUAUAUGAUCCUUGUUAUGGGUUAAAAAUACCUAAAACAAUCUAAGAUUUUAAACUUUCGCGUUCCAUUUCAACUAAAAUAAAAAGACACGGGUCUUACCGCGCGCGACGUUUACGAAUGAGUUACAUUUUAAGUGUCGCGUUAAGACCCGUGUCUUUCUAUUUUUACUUAAAACAAUCGUCAAUAGAAUUAAAAGUAGUUCAGUGGUCUUAAGCCAGUAGACAAAGUACUAUUCGUGUCGAUAUACCUAUUUUAUGUAUAUCGCGAUCGCUUCGUUAAUCGCUACCUCAUCUACUUCUGAGUUCUGUGUACGUAGAGAUGUAGCGAAAAGAUUUCGAAAUAAUAUUAUGAAUGUCACUCUAUUUACAGUAGGUACUUGUAAUGUAUAAUUCACCGAUUUAUUUUGUCAAAAUA